CAUUCCCCGAAUUUAAUGGUUCCGCCCGGAUAUAUGGAAAGAUUUAUCCAACGUACACUUUCCUCGGUGGCUGACAUCAACGUUAUUUAGGGUGUGGAGAAGUGGAGGUCAGACAGCGCCACCAGGUGUACGACAAUGAGCCUGGAAGCACAAUCUAAAGACUACAUUUUCCUCUCUGAUCGAAUCCCGGAUGAGGAGACAGCUAAACACCACAGCGGUGAAAAUCAACUGAGAACAAAAAGAGAGUAGUUUCUGGGCUGGAGCGCUCAAGUAUGGACUUCUGUCUUGACCUUCCUGCCCUGCAGGAGCACCUCAGCGGUCUGUGGAGCAGGAAAGAGCAGGAGGAGCUGCGGCAGUUUCUAGCGAGCAGUUUUUCUCAGAUGCCGGAGCCCCUGGCCGGUCUGCUGGACUUCGUGCAGGGCUGUGUCCACGUCCAGAAGGGCAAGCCCAGCGCGCUGAACCACUUCAUUCUCACGGAGUUCAUGCGCUGGAGGACCAAUAAGCCCCAGGCCUGUCUGGAUGGCGUGAGGGACGAGGAGAGGCUGCGUUUGCAGAAGAAGGCCCUGGGGCUCCUCACAGACUCUCAUCCCGGGUACAUGGACCCCCUGCUGGAGAUUUAUCAGCUGAGCUCACUGAAAAGACCACUGCUGCUUGAACAUGUGGACUUCCUGCAGGACUGCUGCUGCUUCAAAGAGGCGUUGGUGUUCAGUGUGAAAGCGGAGCUGCAGGACGAUCUGGACCUGGAGAAGAUGUGUGUCCCUCUCAUUCUGCUGGACAAGCUGUCUCUGGCGGAGCUGUAUGUGCGAGAGCGUCCUGAUCUUCAGCGGCGUCUGGUCUCUCUGCUGGACUCCUGGUGUGAGCCCCGCUUCAACAUCCAGACACUGCUCAGUCAGUAUCCGAGCGUGUUCCUCUCCAAGCAUCAGACGGACCAGAUCCAGCCCAAGCUGCUCAGUAAACACGUCUUCAGACUCAUGGAGAAGUUCUGCGUCGAUCCAGGUCUGUGCUCUAAUUCCGUCUAUAAGAGGAAGCUGGACUCGCUGAGGUUUCUCAUGUACAAAACAUUUGGUGAGAAAAGCAUGUCAGAAGAGAACUGGAGAGACCAUGUUCAGGCCAUGAUUGAAGGCAAUCCAGAGCUCCAGGUUCAGUUGGUGCAGCUGUUGGUUAAACAUUGCAGCCUCCAGACCGCUGCCCAGUGGGCCGCACAUUACAACGUACCCAGAAACAGGCUUCCCCUAGGAGUCUGGGACAAAAUUCAGAGCCUCUCCUGCAAGAAGCAGCUAGGGAUGUGUUUUGUGAGCGGCCCAGCCAUAUCUUGGACACCUCUUCCAUCUGAUCAGCAAAAAUACUACCAGCUGCCUCUGCCCAGAGAAAACGUCCUCUUCGUAGAGUCAUUAGAUGACGUUAAGCAGUGCAGAGAAGCUGUUUUAAAGACCGGCUGUGUGGUGGGAAUAGACAUGGAAUGGAGAGCCGCUUUUGGCACGGUGUCCUCUCAGCGUGUGGCUCUGAUCCAGCUGGCCGUACAGGAACGGGUGUUUCUGUUGGACCUUUGUGCUAACGCCAUCAGUCACCACAACGCCACAGUGAGCUUCAUCAGAGCUCUGCUGUCAGACAAGAACAUCCUCAAACUGGGUUAUGGGAUGUCUGGAGACUUUCGGAGUCUGGGCAGCACGUGGCCUGAGCUCAGGGAAGAGCCAAUGAAAACGGAAGGAGUUCUGGACCUGCUUCAUGUCCAUCAGGAGCUUCAACGGUGCUGGUUGGGAAACAAAGGCUGUCGAUCCGUGGAAGUGAGUGAUGGACCAGCGGAGAAGGGCCUGAGUUUGUUAGUACAGCAGAUAUUAGGAAAACCAUUGAACAAAACCGAGCAGCUGUCUAACUGGGAACGCCGACCUCUGCGGACCAGCCAACUCCGCUAUGCAGCCACUGAUGCAUACUGCCUGCUGGAUGUCUACCUCGUCCUCUCGCGGGACACAAAGGCAUUCGCUUUGCCAGAAGACCUCCGCUCCAUUCCUUCAGCCCAACCGGCCAAGAGCCGCGAGGAAAAGAAAUCCAAAGAGAAGACCAAGCAGUCUAAAAGAAGAGAGGCUCGCCAGAAGGCGAAUGAGACCCACUCUAUGGACGACUGUUUAAAGAUGAAUUCGGGCUAUGAAGGGCCCACUAUCACACCACCAGAGCUGCGAGUGGUCUGUGAUAACAUGCUACAGGGUCUGGGACGUUUUUUGCGCUGUCUCGGAGUAGAUGUUAAGAUGCUGGAAAACACGGAUGACCACAAAGUAGCAGCAGAGCUGGCUCGUGCUGAAGGUCGUGUCAUUCUCACCGCAGGUCAGCCCUAUCAAACACUACGCUCACAGGUGGGAGAGGGCCGCUGCCUGACACUGGACUGCUCAGAAAAGGCCCGCGACCAGGCUGUGCACGUUCUCAGACAUUUCCACGUCCACCUUACCCCUGCAGACAUCUUUAGCCGAUGCCAGGCCUGCAACUGUAACGAGUACUUGAAGCUGUCCAGAGAGGAAAUGAGCCGCAUGAUGACAGAGAGAGGUCUCCUUCGAGACGCGGCGUCUAAGCGGGAUGACUGCGAGCCGCGGGACGAAACACAAGCUGAAUACAAUAGCUGGAGGCCCCCAGAGGGCCCCGAGUUCACCCCUCACUGCCGCUGGGCCCCACGUAGCGCCCUGGACCCCCAGACCUUCAGAUUCCCCAGCGGGGCCGAAGUUCAGCUGGAGACCGUGCCCCCGGGCCUCCUGCCCCGGAUCCCAGUCUACUUCAUCUGCACCGGCUGUGGAAAGGUGUUCUGGGAAGGGACGCACUUCGACCGGGUGCUGUCUCAGUUUCAAGAAGUCCUGCACGUCGGUGAAGACGCAGCGAGCAAGAGACUCCAGCUGCAAUGAGCUCUUGCAGUUCUUUUAUUUUUCAUGAAGGUUUUUUUUUUUUUUUAACUUGCCACGCCGCGUCAGAGUAGAAACCACUUGCGAAUUUGUGUUUUGCACUGUAAACAAAAUUAGAGAUUAAACUGUGCAUUUGUUUUCCACAAUGCAAGCAUAUACUUGAUGCUAUAAAGUGUUUACGAAUGGCCCAAAAGCAGGAAAAUACUUCACUUUAUGAAAUUAUUAGCCAUAAAUUGUUAUUAAAAACAGCAUUUAUAUUUGGA